AUGGAGACCAUCAAGAGCGCUCUCAACAUUGGCAAGACCGCCGAUGCCCCUCCUCGCUCUCCCUCGGCCGACGAGGUCAAGGCACUGAAGGACAAGUACGAGAAGGCGGGCCAAGAACAGGUCUUCACCUUCUACGACUCCCUCUCUAAGGACGAGCAAGCACAACUUUACCACCAACUCGCCGGCUUCGACCCGGAUUACAUCAACACCAUCACGAAGAAGGCCCUCAGCCCCCCAGAGGCGGAUGCCAAGAAGGCCGAGCUCGAACCUCUCCCCGAAUCCGCCACCGCCAGUGUCUUGGACUCAGAUGCCGACCAACUCAAGAAAUGGUACGAGUCCGGCCUAGACCUCACCGCAAAGAACAAGGUUGGAGUGGUCCUCAUGGCCGGUGGCCAGGGCACAAGACUGGGCAGUUCUGCACCAAAGGGCUGCUUCGACAUUGGCCUGCCUUCACACAAGUCUUUGUUCCAGAUCCAAGCCGAAAGAAUCCGGCGGCUGCAGGUGCUGGCACACAAGCACGCCGGUCUCCCUGAGGACCAGGAGGUUGUGGUGCCAUGGUACGUCAUGACUAGCGGGCCCACGAGGGGACCGACCGAGGCCUUCUUUGAGGAGCAAAAGUACUUUGGUCUCAAGAAGGAGAACGUCUUGAUCUUCGAACAAGGUGUGCUGCCUUGCAUCUCGAACGACGGCAAGAUCCUCCUCGAGAGCAAGGGCAAGGUCGCCGUUGCCCCUGAUGGAAACGGCGGCAUCUACCAGGCCCUGAUCACAUCGCCCGUCCUGGGCGACCUGCGCAAGCGGGGCAUCGAGCACGUCCACUCGUACUGUGUGGACAACUGCCUGGUCAGGGUGGCUGACCCGACCUUCACGGGCUUCGCCGCGUCCAAGAACGUCGAGAUCGCGACCAAGGUCGUGCGCAAGCGCAAUGCCACCGAGUCGGUCGGCUUGAUCCUCUCCAAGAACGGCCGCCCGGACGUGGUCGAGUACAGCGAGAUCGACAAGGAGACGGCAGAGGCCAAGGACGCCAAACAGCCCGACGUGCUCAAGUUCCGCGCCGCCAACAUCGUCAACCACUACUACAGCAUCGGCUUCCUGGAGAAGAUCCCCAGCUUCGCCAAGGACCUGCCGCAUCACGUCGCCCGCAAGAAGAUCCCCCACGUGGAUCUCAAGUCCGGCGAGACCGUCAAGCCCGAGAAGCCCAACGGCAUCAAGCUGGAGCAGUUCGUGUUCGACGUGUUCCCCCUGCUGACUCUAGACAAGUUUGCGUGUCUCGAGGUCAAGCGCGAGGAUGAGUUCUCCCCGCUCAAGAAUGCGCGUGGCACUGGUGAGGAUGACCCCGACACGAGCAAGAAGGACAUCACCACCCAGGGCAAGAGGUGGCUACAGGCCGCCGGUGCGAUCCUUGCCGGUGACGAAGAUGCUGGAGUCGAGGUCUCUCCUCUGGUCAGCUAUGGUGGUGAGGGACUUGGUCACCUUCAGGGGAAGGAGUUUGGACUCCCGGCCGUUGUUGCAGACCCCACUGAGAAGUAG